GGGAGGGAGGCGGGGGCCUCGAGAGGGUGGAAGGAGGGAGGAGAAGGGCGGGGCACGGAGGCCAGAGCGAGGGACGAGACUCCAACUCUGACUUUUCUGCUGCUCGGCUUCCACUGCAGCCAUGUCGCUCCUCCUGCUGGUGGUCUCUGCCCUUCACAUCCUCAUCCUCAUCCUGCUUUUCGUGGCCACUUUGGACAAGUCCUGGUGGACCCUCCCUGGGAAGGAGUCCCUGAACCUCUGGCACGACUGCACGUGGAACAGUGACAACAAAACCUGGGCCUGCAGUAACGUCAGCGAGAACGGCUGGCUGAAGGCGGUGCAGGUCCUCAUGGUGCUUUCCCUCAUCCUCUGUUGUCUGUCCUUCAUCCUGUUCAUGUUCCAACUCUACACCAUGCGGCGAGGAGGGCUCUUCUAUGCCACUGGCCUCUGCCAGCUUUGCACCAGCGUGGCAGUGUUUUCCGGGGCGCUGAUUUACGCCAUUCAUGCGAAGGAGAUCCUGGCGGAGCGCCCGCAGGGGGGCAAUUUCGGUUACUGCUUUGCCCUGGCCUGGGUGGCCUUCCCUCUCGCCCUGGCCAGCGGCGUCAUCUACAUCCACCUGCGGAAGCGGGAGUGAGGGCCCCGCGUCUCCUGGCCGCCCCAGCGCGCUCCCGGCCCCUCUGCCUCACCCCGAAGCCCCCGCCCCCGUGCAUCCUCCAGAAAAUAAAACCGUUUAACCGCC